AUGGCUGGGGACAAAAGGAAGUUCUUGCCAAAGAAUAUUGACUUGGAAGGGCUCCCCAGUCGUAGAGACAAAAGGGUUAAACAAAGCUCGUCCAAGGUGGUCAAGUCCAAACCUCCCCAGUCCCAGCCUGCCGUCCAGAUAGUCGAUGUGGACUCGUCCACUCCAGUUGAGUCCACUCCGUCCAAGACUCCGCCCAGAACUCCUUUGGCCAAGUCUACCACGCCUGGCUCGUCCCAGCCUUCUACGAACAUUGUUGAGAACGAAGACCUGGCUUGGGAACGUUUCCAGUUAGCCGUCAAGGACAAGGAUAUAAACAUGUGCUAUAACAUGGGCUUGAAGGAAUUUGAGCAUUCAGGCGUCCAUGACCUCUUCAAGGCCAUGUCAAAGUUUAUAGCAGCGUCUAGACAGGCAACAGAGCUGGACAAGACGAGAGUCUUGUUGGAGACGAGGAUUCAGCAGGUGAAUGCUGAUUGUAAAAAUUGGGCUGGGGUUGCUGAAAAAGCUAAAGACGAGGUCAAGGAACGUAACAAGCUGAUUGAGGAGCUAAGGACGGAUGCAGUGGAGAAGGAUACGCGCAUUGAUCAUUUGCAGAAGAUGAACGAUGAAUUGAAUGCUCGUCUCUCCAAGGCAAAAGAGGACGCUGUGGCUGAGUUCAAGUCGUCCAAAGAAUAUACAGACACUUUGGAUCGCAAUUAUGCGGCUGGUUUUGAAGAUUUCAGAAUGAACGCUAUUGAGAACUUCCCUGAAGUUGAUUUUAAUGCAAUCAAGCUUAACCUUGCUGCUGCCACAAGCUCUCUUCUCUAG